UCAAUGUCAUGUCAAAUUGUCAAUGUCAUUUGAAUUGCCCGCAUGUUUAUGCAUGUUUUUUAUUUUAUAAAAUUGCUUUUUUCUGAAAUGAUUUGUUAAAAAAGUACAAGAAAAUGUUUAAAGUGCCAGAUUGGGAAGAAGAUACCAAAAAACCUAGCCUUAGCUAUGUAAAUAAUAUAAAGAAACAGAAAAGGACCAAGAAAAAGAAAGUAGAAGUUAGCAAAAACGAUGCCCCCGCAAAGAUUACUGUAGAGAAUAAAGUUGUAAAAAAUGCAGACUUACUUCCAAAUGGUAAUAAUAAAACAGAAACCAUUAAAAUUAAAAGCAAUAUUCAUGAUAAACACACUUUGGGAAACAAACUAAAUAAGAAGAAGAAAAAGCAAAUAAAAACAAAUAAAUUGUCUCAAUCAAUUAAAAACAUUGAAAUGACUGUACAAAAUUGUAAUACUGAGAACAAAAAGAAAAAUAAACUCACAAAAAAGAAGAAACCUUCUGAAUCAGAUAAUGUUGAUGAAAUGCAAAUAAAAAAUGGUGACGAUGACAAAUUAGAUGAAAUUCUGCUUGAUGCACGGAAAAGGAAAUUUAAUGAUAAGUUUAAUAAUGAAGACAGUGAAGAAAUAAUGUUCAGUCAAGAAACAAGUAAAAAAACAAAGCCAGAAAAUACCCAAAAUUCUACAACUAAAAAGGUCAUAAAUGGUGUUCAUACAAUAUCCAAACCUAAUCAAGUUAAUAGAACAUUUAACAAAAAGAAAGAAAUCAUAAAAUCAAUGUUAAACAAAGCCAGUCAAAGAAAUCACAUAGAAGUCAACGGGAACCAGCUCCGGGAAAGAAUGCUGAAUAGACUCAAAGCUGCCCAGUUCAGAUAUUUGAAUGAGAAGUUGUACACAUCAAGUGGAGGGGAAGCUCAGAGCCUGUUCCAAGAGGACCCUCUGGCCUUCCACACAUACCACCAGGGCUACCAGCAGCAGGUCAAGAAGUGGCCUGUCAAACCGCUCGAUGUUAUUGUAAAGAAAAUACUUGAAAUGCCUAAGAGUCACUUGGUAGCGGACAUGGGGUGCGGUGAGGCUGCACUGUGUGCGCGGGUGCCGCAGCGCGUGCGCUCCUUCGACCUGGUGGCGGCGCACGAGGGCGUGGAGGCGUGCGACAUGGCGCACACGCCCCUGCCUGCCGCCAGUGUCGAUGUGGCGGUCUACUGCCUCGCACUCAUGGGCACCGACCUCACGCAGUACCUGCUCGAAGCCAACAGGGUACUGAAAGUCGGGGGUCACCUGCUGAUCGCGGAGGUGGAGAGCAGGUUCGAGGAGGCGGAGGGGUUCGCGCGGGAGGUGCAGCGGCUGGGGUUCAAGCUGCGCGAGCUGGACAAGCAGCACCAGGUGUUCUUCUUCUUCCACUUCAGCAAGGUGCAGCAGCCGCCGGUCAAGAAGUCCAAGCUGCCGCACCUCACCCUCAAACCUUGCUUGUAUAAGAAAAGAUGAAAUAAAAUAUUAUCAUGUUA